CACGGACAAUGCGUCCAGUUGCACGAGGUGCGUGCGGAUGGAGGUGUUGGCGGUGGCAACGGACUCGGCGGCGACACGGCGGCAACUCGGCCUUGUGCCCGUGGUUGUACUAACGUUUUUGAGUGUCUGCGGUGGCCCUUUCGGCAGUGAGGAGAUUGUGUCAGCGUGUGGUCCAUUGAUUGGAUUGUCUGCGCUGGCCGUGUUUCCCAUAGUGUAUUCGUUGCCGAUGAAUUUGCUCUUGGCCGAGUUGUGCAGUGCAUUUCCAGUCGACAGCAGCUUUUGCGCAUGGGUGGAAUUGGCAUUUGGCUCGUCGUGGGGUUUUUUCGUCGGCUAUUGGUCGUGGAUGGCGAGUACAUUUGACGCAGCCGUGUAUCCGUGCUUGGUGGUUGACGCUCUGUUCGUGGACGCCACGGUUGGUGACAGCACGGUGUGGGUAACCAAGACCGGUCUUCGUGUACUCUUUCUCACGGUCUUCAUGGUGCCAACACUGUUCAGUCUGGACUUUAUCGGCAAAGCGUCCAAGUGGCUGACGGGAAUCGUGCUAUUGCCAUUCGGGGUGCUCGUUCUCGUGGCCUUGCCGCAAAUGCGGUGGUCGAACGUCAUCGCUAUCAGUCCCACGAUGCAAUGGAGCCGACUCGUGAGUGUCUUAUUUUGGAACUUCCGUGGGUUCGACGCGAUGGGAGCGUAUGCCGGGGAGAUCCAAGCGCCGCAAAUCAACUUGAACCGAGCCAUGGUGGCGAGUCUGCUCAUGAUCACAGCUACAUACAUGCUGCCGCUCGUGGCCGCCGUCGGCGUGAACAAGCCCGUGUACUGGACGUGGGUGGACGGGUCGUUUCCUGCAAUUGCCGGAGCGGUUGCAGGGGGCUCGUGGCUAGCCCAGUGGGUCGCCGCUGCAAACGCAUUCAGUAGCUUUGGCCUGUACUUUGCAGAGUCGUCGGCGAAUGGCUUCCGCCUCGCAGGCAUGGCUGACGUCGGUUUAGCGCCGCAAUUUUUCUCCCACCGCGACAAGAAGACGGGAUCGCCGCGCCGCGCGCUUCUAUUCAUCUACAGCGUCAGCGUGGGUAUGUGCUGCGUGGACUUCACCACGAUCUUGGGCGUCACAAAUGCGUUAUCCAUCAUGGCCCAGCUCGUGCAAUGUGCUGGCGCAUUAACUUUGCGGUACACGCACGCUGACUUAGCUCGUCCAUAUCGAGUGAACCUGUCGAACGGUGCACUCACCGCCGUGAUGGUGGUGCCGGUGGUGAUGGCAGUUGCUGUUUUUGUGAACCAAGUGCUCCAGAAUGCAACAACGCUAGGGCUCACGGCGGUGGCUGCAGUUGUUGGUGUUGGGAUGUGGCGAGUUUUACGUGGCGCUCAAACAAACGGUGAUUACGAGUGCAUUCCCGACUCAACAGCGACAGGGAACUAAGGAUCCUCCAACCAUUGGCGUUGUUGGAUUAUUUGUCGAACAUGCUUUACGUCUUUCUGGG